GAAGUGAGAACGGAAGGAACUUUACGUCUUUACGGAGCCAUAAAAGGCAGCAACUUUUUCGACUACAUAAAUUCUGCUCCUUUGUUCCAAAAUUCCUUCCUGCGUGUCCACUUCGAUUGCGUUGGCAUUUGUGGGGCUGUGUUGGGUGUUGAAUUUCUACUAUCACUUUCACCGACACUGACCCGCCCCAGCUUUACCUUUUUUUGCCCUGCUCCAGAAUAAUUCCAUCAUUCGCACCAAUCUUCCAUUAUUGAUCAAUCCAUCUCCUCCUUUUGGGAAUUUUUGUCUCUCUGCGUUUCGACUUUCUUUUUUUUUUUUUUUUUUCAUCAAGUAGGUUUUGACUCGAGGCGGAAAUUUUGGGGGUUGUGGUUGAUGCUGAGGUCGUAAAUAUGGAAGCGAUAAAGAAGCAGGCGAGUAAACUGAGAGAGCAAGUCGCUAGACAGCAGCAGACGAUUUUAAGACAGCUCGGGCAGUUAGGCCAUGGCGGGAUUAUGAUCGAUGAAGGAGAUGUUCAGCUACAUCAGCAGCUGCAGAAUUUGUAUCGAUCAACAAGGACUGCGAAGCAUUUCCAGAGGGAUAUCGUUCGCGGCUUAGAUGGAUACAUUUCGACUAGCAAGAAGCAAAUGGACAUAGCGAAAAAAUUGGCUGAAGAUUGCUGCAAGUAUGGUAUUGAGAAUCAAGAUUCCGAUUCCCCUCUUGCAAAGGUCGCUGCGGAUUUCGGAACCUCCCACGCCUCCAUCGAAGAUCAGAGAGAAACAUUGAUAAGAGUUCUUGGUUUUCAGGUUUCGGAUCCGCUUCGCGCGUUGAUAAAUGGAGCUCCUCUGGAAGAUGCGCGCCAUCUAACUCACCGUUAUGAUAGAAUGCGUCAAGAGUUUGAAUUUCAGGCAGCUCAAGUAAUAAGAAGGCACUCCAAGUCACGGGACACCUCUUCCGAGAGUGCUGCGAAGCUUAAAAAUGCUGAAAAGAAGCUUACUGACAUUAAGACGUCGAUGUUGGCACUCGGGAGAGAAGCGACGGCUGCUAUGUUGUCAGUGGAGGAUCAGCAACAGGACGUAACUUUCCAGAAGCUUCUUGCCAUGGUCGAGGCUGAGAGAUCUUACCACCGUAAUGUUGUUGCUAUUUUGGAGAAGCUGCAUUCUGAGAUUAUUUUGGAGGUUCAAUCAGAGGAAGACCCUUCAUUGCCUUCGGAAACUUUGCUUACCAAUAGGAACACUACCACCCCUGAAAAUGACGAUGCUCCAAACAGCUCUGAAGUUAUAGAUAGUAACAAGAUUGUUCUGAAUGGAUCUAAAACCAGGGAUGAUGAGGGUAAAUGCAACGCCUACUUCAUUGCAAAGGUCAUUCACUCAUUUGAUGCUCAAGGGGAUGGCGAGCUAAAUCUUGAACUUGAUGACUAUGUUGUAGUUAGACAGGUGGGCUCGGGUGGAUGGUCGGAGGGAGAAUGCAAAGGAAAGGCCGGAUGGUUUCCUUCAGCAUAUGUCGAGAAGAUCGACAAAGUUCCAACAAGGCAUGUGGCCCGGGACGAUUCUUCCCUGUAAGUAUGACUACAAUACUGUGUAUCUGUAAGUUUCCUAUUAUUUCUGUAUUUGUACAUUAGCAUGCUCAGAUUAUACGGUUUUUGAUGACUAUACGUUGUGUCGAUGUUUUGGAAUGAUUUAAGAAAUAAGAAUGCUGAGUUUUUAUAUAGAAA